AUGGGAAGCUUCAAGGUCUCCUUGCUUCUCUCCCUUCUCACCUUCCUCCUCCUCACCAUUGUCACCGCCGGGGACGACCUCGGGACGUACGUCAUCCACGUGCAGCCCCAGGAGGACCGCCACUUUGGCACGACCGACCACGACCGGAAGGCGUGGCACCAGUCCUUCCUCCCGGAGCAUGGCCAUCUCCUCCACUCCUACCACCACGUCGCGAGCGGCUUCGCGGCGCGGCUGACGCGGCGGGAGCUCGAAGCCGUCUCCGCCAUGCCCGGGUUCGUCGCCGCGGGCAACGGCACCGCGUCCGGCAUCGCGCCCCGCGCGCACCUCGCCAUGUACAAGGUUUGCGACGAGAACGGCGACUGCGCCGGCGUAGAUGUACUGGCUGGCAUCGACGCCGCCGUGUCCGACGGCUGCGACGUCAUAUCCAUGUCGCUCGGCCUUCAGCCACGGCCUUUCUACAACGACAGCGUCGCCAUCGGCACGUUCGCCGCAGCGGAGAAGGGGACUUUCGUCAGCAUGGCGGCUGGCAACGGCGGCCCGAGAAACUCCUCGAUAUUGAAUGAGGCGCCAUGGAUGCUCACCGUCGCCGCGAGCACCAUGGACCGUUUGAUCAGCGCUAAGGUUAUCCUUGGAGACAACCUCUCCUUCGACGGCGAGUCGCUCUACCAGCCCGACAACUCCGUGGAGGCCUCGUUGGUCUACGCCGGUGCGAGCUCGACGCAUUUGGCCCAGUUCUGCGGCAACGGCUCGCUGGACGGCUUUGACGUCAAGGACAAGAUAGUGCUGUGCGACGUCGGCGGCUACCCGCCGGUGGACAUGGGAGCCGAGGUGCUGAGAGCCGGAGGCGCAGGCAUGAUUGUGGGCAACCAGUUUUUGGAGGGCUACAUCACGUUCCCGGACGCGCACGUCCUGCCGGCCUCGCAAGUCAGCUAUGCUGCUGUAGUGAAGAUCAAGAACUACAUCAAUUCCACGACGAACCCGACGGCAACUAUCUCUUUCAGAGGCACGGUCCUCGGCACCUCGCCGGCGCCGGUCAUCACCUACUUCUCCUCCCGUGGCCCCUGUGUCCACAGCCCCGGCAUUCUCAAGCCUGACAUCACGGGCCCCGGCGUGAACGUGAUCACGGCGUGGCCGUUCCAAGUCGGCCCGCCGUCGAUUGACAUCAGGCCGACCUUCAACAUUAUCUCCGGCACGUCCAUGUCGACGCCGCACCUUGCUGGUGUCGCCGCGCUGAUCAAGAGCAAGCACCCCAGCUGGUCGCCGGCGGCGAUCAAGUCCGCCAUCAUGACCACCGCCGACGUCACCGACCGCUCCGGCACGCCGAUACUCGACGAGCAGCACAAGGCCGCCGACCUCUUCGCCGUCGGAGCCGGUCAUGUCAAUCCGGAGAAGGCCGUGGACCCGGGCCUGAUCUUUGACAUUUCCCCCGACGACUACAUCGGCUACCUCUGCGGCAUGUACAAGAGCGAAGAGGUCUCGGUGAUCGCGCGCCGCGCUGUGAACUGCUCGGCCGACAUGGCGAUCCCAGACUACCAGCUGAACUAUCCGUCGGUCUCCGCGUUGUUCCCACCAACGUGGAGCUCGAAUCCUCCAAUGUCGGCGGAGCGCACGGUGAUGAACGUCGGAGAGGUGCCGGCGCUGUACUACCCGGAGGUCGACAUGCCGGCGGACAGCCCUGUGAUCGUCACUGUUAUUUCGGACAAGCUUUUGUUCACCGAGGCGAACCAAGUCCAGAAAUUCGAUAUAGACGUGGAGGCGAAGAACAGCAGCUCCACGGCGGUGCAGGGUGCGAUCCGGUGGGUGUCUGUCAAGCACACCGUUGUGUCAUCUGGUGCCUUGGCUCUUGUUUCUGAGGCUCUCUUUGCUAAAAAGUUUUGGGAAUUGAUGGUUAGAUUAGAGGUUGCUAGCCUUGUAUCCGGCAAUACAAUUGGUUGCCUCUUGGAGGAGAAGGCAAUCAGGGACAAGAGCAAGAGGGUGUGCACUAGCCAUCGUUUCGACGUUCAGAAGGAGAAACCAUUUGGGAGCUAA